AUGUCGGGUGCAGAGGGUUCACCAGUUCAGACGGGGAGCGGCUUCUUAGCCGCAGGAGAGUGGGCUCCUUUAGAUGGAGAUGUUGUGGAGGAGGCUUAUAGCCUAGAGGAGAGGACGGAGAAGGGGGAAGUAACAGACGAAGGCGAAGGCGAAGGUGUUCGGGGUCGUCGACAGGCAAGAAGACGGGGAGGAGAGGCGCGCAUGGCUGCAAUGCUAGGAGUGCUUGUGGCCGGUCUCAUCACAGCUGUUUUGUCAUCUCUGCUGUGGUGGCCUUCGCAGCGCGGCCGCGGCGCUUUGCUGCGAGAGGCCUGGGCGCGUGUAGCCCAUCACGAGGAGCCCUGGGGUUUGCCGAAUGUCCAAGAGUUUGAGGAAAGGAUGAGCCCUUACGUUAAGUUCGGAAAACGGGAACUUGGGGCGGCUGUUCAGAAAAGGAGAGAGCAAGACUUCCCUCGUUCAGGUACUUUGGGGCACGAUGUAUUGAGUUCCCUCGGCAUUGAACUCUCGGACGGGAAGAGGAGUAGCUUGAUUGGGGCAAAGAUUCUUCUGAAGGACAUGCAGAAACUUGGUUCGGGUAAGGUGGAAAGGCAGCCGCUUGAGUUUUAUGUGAAGAGAUACUUGGGGGAGGACAAGUCGUGUGUGUUUGUGGAGGUAGUUGAGCUGGCAACAGAGAAGGUAUUUGCAAUGAGGCUGCAGACACUGCCCUCGAAAGUGGACGGACAACAUGUUACACCCGAGUUGGCUGAAAUGAUGGCCAACCAGUCCACAGUUGAGUCUACCGUCGCAAUGCUCGAGGCGGUGGGGGAAACACCUCCCCAGCGAGCUGCCGAGGAGAGGGGCCUAGCCUUAGCAUACAGCGUUGCAACAAUUAGUGGCGUGGCUCCAAUUGUACGGGGCAGUACAAGGUAUAUAACGGCUAACGUGCAGCUGAUGGAGAGGUUCCACGGGAAUCUGGAGGAAGUGUUCGCUGGGGCGAACAUCAUGUCGAUGAAUGCAAAGGUGUAUGCAGCACAGAGGCUACUAACUGAGGUGAUGCUGCUACAGAGCGCAUCUGUUAGCCACAACGACUUGAAGUUGCAAAACAUCUACACUCGAAAGGACGGCUCCUUCUACAUUGGGAACUUUGAUGAGAGCGUCCGCAUCGGGGAGAGGAGGAGGAAAUUGCAGCCCGACACCGCCAGUUCUACAGAAGGGGGGUUACAGACUGCUGCGGCGGAGGCAUUAUCGGUUGCGGAAGCCCCUGUUGCCCACAGCCAGACUGACCUGUGGGAUUUGGGCGUGUGUCUGUACAAGAUAUUUUUGAAUGGAGAUCUCCCCUACGGGAUGAAAGAAGGCGCCCCCCGUGAAGACGUUAUUGCAGAUCUAGAAUUACGGGGAGUCCGAUCCGGCCAACUCCUGGAGGCCCUCGCGCAAGGUAGAGUACCACAUAAGUGGGCAGAUCUCAUUAUUGGGCUGCUUGAGCCCAGCGUAGAACAAAGGAUUGAGGCAAAGGCCAUCUUGGAGGACCACCAUGACCUACUCCACUAG